ACCCUAUUGAGAGCUCUUGGCCGCUUACAGCGUAACCGUCACAUGGCCGAACCGAGUCCACGGCAGCUAUUUAAGGAGAGGCUGUGCGCCUUCAGCACCACUUCGCUGUCCACAGUCCCGGAGAGAGCACGCUGACGCAACCAAACGAGCACGAACGACUUCAACUUUCGAGCACGCCGAGCAACAAGUUUGCAAACAUGCCGAGAUCUUUUCUCGUGGAUUCCUUGAUUUUAAGGGAGGCCAACGACAAAGGGAACGAGAACAACCCACCUUUAUUCCCGUACGCUGUGCACUCGCCGCAUCACGCGCACGGGCUGCCAGGCUCCUGCCACUCGAGGAAAGCCGGGCUUUUGUGCUUCUGCCCGCUGUGCAUGACCGCCUCCCAGCUCCAUCCAUCUCCACCGACGCUGCCGCUUCUCAAAGCAUCGUUUCCCCCCUUCAGCUCACAGUACUGCCACUCGGCUCUGACGAGGCAACACUCUUCAUCCAACAGCGUCAACCUCAGCCACGGACCGGGGAUAUACCAGGCUGCCUACUCGGUCCCAGACCCUCGACAGUUCCACUGCAUCUCCAUCGAAAACAGUAACGGCAAACUUCAGAGCAGCAAGCGCAUGCGCACCGCCUUCACCAGCACGCAACUUUUGGAGCUGGAGCGAGAAUUCACCUCCAACAUGUACCUCUCCAGACUGAGGCGCAUUGAGAUCGCCACGUACCUGAACUUGUCCGAGAAGCAGGUAAAAAUCUGGUUCCAGAACCGCAGAGUGAAGCACAAAAAGGAGGGAAAGAGCAGCGGCCAAAGGACUGGAUCACAUAACUGCAAAUGCUCGUCCCUGUCAACCGCCAGGUGCUCGGAGGAAGAGGAUGAUGACAUUCCCAUAUCUCCUUCCUCGUCCGAAAAGGAAGAUGUGGACCUGUCCGUCUCCCCCUGAACGCCCCCCUCUUUGAUCCCCCCUUUCUGAAAGAUUUUGCUCCUGAUGAUUUUGAAUACAGCCAAAAACAAACAGACUGUUCCACUUGUGUUCAGUCGUCUGUACAUAGACAGAGAAUAUUUUAAAAUCAGGGGACUGCCCUGAAUUAUUGUAUAGCUGUAUACAUGUUGUACGUUUUGUAUGUAGUUUUUUCUGAAAACAGUCACUUGUUGUUGCCAAUCCGAUGAAUAUGGUAGGCAUAUUUGUAAAGAUACCCCCCCCCCCCCAAAAAAAAACAAA